AUGGUUCGUUCUUCAGUUAUACUGGCAAUUUUGGCCAGUACCUCCACAGUACUCACUCAAAGCUGUUCUGAGAGCAGCCAUUGUCCCGAAUCAGCGCCAUGUUGUUCACAGUACGGCCAGUGUGGAGUUGGUGCUUAUUGUCUUGGGGGAUGUGAUCCAAUUUCCUCUUUCUCGCUCAAUUCCUGUACGCCAGCACCGGUCUGUCAGAGCAAGAAGCAUACCUUCGAUUCCAAGUUGUCAACCAUUUUACCAAAUACAAAAUAUCUUGGCGAUCCAUCUACCGCUGAUUGGGUUUCAAGUGGACAACCUGUCUUCCACAAUGAUAAUGUCUUGUUGACUAUGUCGCCAGACACUGUGGGCACUCUACUGGCGAGCACCACGUACAUGUGGUACGGCAACGUAAAAGCUAGGUUUAAAACUUCUAGAGGCGCUGGAGUUGUUACUGCCUUCAUACUGCUUUCAGACGUCAAGGAUGAGAUUGACUUUGAGUUUGUCGGGGCCGACCUAGUAACCGCUCAGUCUAAUUAUUAUUCAAAAGGCGUUACUAAUUAUCAUAAUUCAGCCAAUAUACCAUUAUCUGAUACCUUUGUAAACUAUCACACUUACGAAAUCAACUGGACUCCCGAUGAAAUUACCUGGAGUGUGGAUGGUCAGGUGGGCCGAACAAAGAAGCGCAUCGACACUUGGAAUGCAACAGCAAAUCAAUGGUCAUACCCUCAAACUCCAUCGCGGAUUCAACUCUCUCUAUGGCCCGCUGGCCUUCCUACAAACGGAAAAGGAACUAUCGCUUGGGCCGGUGGAUUAGUCGAUUGGAACUCGGCUGACAUCAAAAAUAAUAAUUAUUACUAUGCAGCCUUUGAAUCGAUUGAAAUAACUUGUUUCAACGCUGAUUCAGGACCCGGUACGAAUAAGGGCAUAUCAUAUACAUAUAGCGACGCAAGAAGUACCAACGAUACGGUAGUCGACGGUGACAAAAGCACCAUUCUUCAGUCAUUUAUGGCAACCGGACUGGAUCCUAAAGCAGGGGCUCCAGUCGGAGCUCCGGCUGGAACUAGUUCGGCCCCUGCCGCAGCAAAAACUAUAGAGACAAUCCCGGGCAUGUCAGGAGGAAAUCCCGGAGUUGAUAACCACAACCUUGGCAAUACAUCCCCCGACUCAGACGACUCAGGGACCGAUAAACCUAGUGACUCAUCGACUCCUUCUUUCUCGCAAGGAAAAAAGCCCAGUAGCGGUGGAUCGCAGGUGAACCCAACAAGUAUCUGGAAAACUUCUAUUGCCAUUAGCUUCCUAUCACUUUAUGUCCUUACAGCAUCAUGA